CUGCUGUAUGAAUAUGUGGAUCUAACUGCUACAUUCAAUAAUCACAGCAUCUCUGCAAUCCUAUUAUUGUAGUACUUUGCAUUCGGGUUAACUCGGGUUAACACUGUUUGGGAUCAUUUUUCUUCUAUAAUGUUUGGCAGGGUGUUCCCACCAUAAUGGUUUCCAUCCUGUCUGCUAUAAUUACUGCAGCUGAGAAGUCAAAAUUACUCGCUGUACACACACACACACACUGUAGCAGAUGGCUGAUCAGAGGUAACACGUGUAACACAAGUGGGUGGGGCUGACAACUGUAAACACCAACUGUGCUCCUCGGCUUAUCUUGUGACUUGAUUUAUUGGGAUAGAUUAGUUAGCUGCUAGUACAUCAAUCAGAUGUUACCCGGCUAAGGUCAACGAAAAUGUUUCUUUAGCGCAUCAAACCUGAAGCGCAAAAUGCGAUGCUAUCUUCACGCAUUUCUCCUGUGCAUGGUCCUCAGCUUCCUCUCUCUGCUGUAUGUGUUCAGUCAGCUCGCCUCCACCCUGGAGGACGCAGACGGCUGGGCGGCGAGAGAACACGGGAUACCCGACAGGAGCAGUCAUGAGAGCGGGCAUCUUCUCAGGAAAAUGCCGGGACCGGCAGGCCUCCCAGACCGCGAAGAAGGGCUGGACAGGUGUAAAUCACUGUCAGUUUCUUACUGGAAUCCAUAUUGGAGACUGCCUGCUGAUGUUUGUGGAGUGAACUGCUUAUUGGAAUCAUCUCUUAGUGAGGGGUCGGACUCUUUUGUCAAGAAACCUAGCGAUGAGAGGAGUCACCUGGCUGUGGUGGCCUGUGGCCCCAGGCUGGAGGAAACUCUCAAUAUGUUGAAGUCUGCUGUUCUCUUCAGCAAAAAGCCUCUACAUUUUUACAUCUUUGCUGAGGAGGAACUGCAUAACAGUUUCAGAGAUGCUCUGAAGUCGUGGCCUAGAGUGGUUCAGGGCCAUUUCAACUUCACCAUCUACCACAUCACUUUUCCCAAGGAGAAUGAAAGAGAAUGGAAGAAGCUCUUCAAACCUUGUGCCUCUCAGAGGCUCUUCCUGCCACUAAUCCUGAAAGAUGUGGACUCCUUGCUUUAUGUCGACACAGAUAUUCUUUUUCUGGAACCAGUUGAGCACAUCUGGGCCCUGCUCACUCAGUUCAAUUCAAGCCAGUUAGCUGCCAUGGCUCCAGAGCACGAAGAACCACGUAUCGGCUGGUACAACCGUUUCGCCCGUCACCCGUACUAUGGCAAGACAGGCAUCAACUCAGGGGUCAUGCUCAUGAACAUGACACGCUUCAGGGAGAAAUUUUUUAAGAAUGACAUGACAGCAGCUGCACUGCAGUGGGAGGAAAUGCUGAUGCCCCUUCUCCAGAAGUAUAAACUCAACAUCACAUGGGGCGACCAGGACCUUCUUAACAUCAUAUUUCACCAUAACCCAGAAAGCUUAUAUGUGUUCCCGUGCCAGUGGAACUACCGUCCAGACCACUGCAUCUAUGGCAGCAACUGUAAACAGGCUGAACAAGAAGGUGUCUUCAUUCUCCAUGGUAACAGAGGAGUUUAUCAUGAUGACAAGCAGCCUGCAUUUCGAGCAGUCUAUGAAGCCAUACAAAAGUACCCAUUUGGUGAGAACAUGGAGGCUUCGCUGCUUCAGCCGCUGGAGGCGUCGCUGCAGACGACCACACACACCUACUGUGGCCGAGCCAGCCACCUCUUGACCAAGAGGUUAAAGCAGAGCAUCGCGUCUGUUCAACAGGACGUCACGAAACGAAGAUGACAACAUUCAAAUGCCAUUCCAUGAGCAGUGCCUAAUGUCUCUCUGUUAGCAGAGACUUAGAUUUAAGUUCCUCCUGUGGAGACGAUGAGCUGGAUGACAGACGGACUCAGGUCAACACCGAACCAGCAUCUGUUUACAAACUUCAUAUUAAGACACUGGAAAUGAAGAAGGGUAAAUCUGUGCAUCAGGUUCUAUGCUUUCAUUUUUAGGUGAAGCCAGUUUUGAUACAUAUCUGUCCAAUGAAUUCACAAUCAGGUCCCUAAUGAUUUCUUACAAUGGUGGAAAAUGCACUGAAUCCACUUUGUUUUUUUGGGCUUAGAAGCCAACAAGGCCAACAUUUCCUUUAUUCCAGACAAUCAGGUGGUAUUAUUUUUUUGUUGUUGUUGUGAGACAUAAUCUGUAAUCACUUUGUACAGUUGUCUAAGAAUUUUGUGGGUGGGGGGGAGCAGAUUUAUCAAGAGUAUUUUAUUAGAGGUUUAAUAUAAUUCUGCAAUCUGUGUUUUCAUGUGGUUUCCUUGCAGUAUAUCACAGGGAAGGGCUUUCAUUGCUUUUUAGGUGCUUAUUAGGUACGCACAUAUGUUCCGUUUUAUUUAACAAGACAAUGUGCUCAUUGACAGUAUAGAAUCUGAUCAGUAUUUAUUUUUGUCGGACAUCUGUGACAAGAAGCACUUUUUAUUAUGUCUUAACUUGAGAAUUUAGCAUGAGGCUGUCAUUUCACAGAGUCCAAGAUCGGAGUUUGCAAUACAUUGUUUACUGUACGUUGGCGUAGUACUAGGGCUGGCCCGAAUAGUGGUUUCUGGCCUCCGAAUAUUUGGGCCCUAUUAAAGACGAAUAUCCGAAUAUUCUUUCCGCCCCGUAACAUCCGAGGGGGGGAUGGGGGGUCAGGUGCGGUAGUGGCAGCGGCUUGUGACACAGACAGCCCGAAAAUUCGGAUCCUUUUUCAUAUUUAGAAAGUUCUGGCCAACAUUUCCUGAUGACAGAUUGAACCCGGUGUAAACCGACCUUCGUUGCCUUCGUUUUGUCUUCAGCAGAGUUCUUCGGCAUCUUGUCUUGUGUUUAUGCAACGAAGUGAAGCGCGACGUCAGAGUCGGCAGCCACCCGGCCAUUCGGGUGGUGUUUACAAACACCAAUGGAGGAGCCGAAAUGAGCCGAAGAACACGGCGGGAUGAGCCAAAGUGGGCCGAAGGCGCAGGGAAGAGACGAGCUUCAAAUAUUUUCGUCUGGGGGAGGAGGGAGUGAUCACAUAGACAUAUGUGUAUAUGUUUAUGUGAUCAUGAUGAGAUGAGCCGAUGUGGGCCGAAGGCGGAGGGUAGACAGUAACGCGGCACAUUCUUUCCGCCCGGUAACGUCCGACGGGGGGAUGGGGGGGCGAAUAUUCGGAUACCAAAUUCAUAUCCGGAUAGUGUCGUAGCGAACGAAUAUCCGGAUAUUCGGGUCCAGCCCUACCUAGUACAUCAGUCGUUUUGUUAACUUUACCGAUUAAACCACAUUUUCCGAUACCUGGUAGAUUUUCAUAGAGAGCAGCAUUUUCUAAUCUUGCCUGCUAGCAUCAGAACAUCUGCUCUUUGACAUGUGUAACACAACAUUUGCACAACUGAUUUCAAGAUUGUGAGGACACAAAGUCAUACCUAUGAUUUGUGUGUUUUAUUGUGAAGAUGGGAUAAACAUUUAAAUGUAUGUAUGUAAAUAUUUUCUUAAUAAAACAUUUAUAAUGGUACCUAGAA